AUAGGAGCAUCUGGUUUUACACCAGCUGGUUAUCCAAAAGUAAUACCCGGUGCUUUUGCUCAAAGAAUUAAAAAUUCGAAAAAUCCUGAAAAUUUUUCAAUUAAUUUAUAUACCGGUGCAUCAACUGGUGAUGAACUUGAUGGAGUUUUAGCACGUACUGGUAGAAUGAAAUUAAAAAUUCCUUAUCAAUCCCAUCCAGAUCUAAGAAAAUUAAUAAAUCAAGGAAAAUUAGAUUUUAUUGAUAUGCAUUUAAGUCAUGUUAGCAGAUAUAUUCGAGAAGGAAUAUUUCCAUCAAUUGAUGUUGCUCUUAUUGAAGCUUGUGAUGUUACAUCGGAUGGAAGAAUUUAUUUAACUAAUUCAAGUGGAAUGAGUGGAACUUAUUUAGCUUUAGCUAAAGAUAUUUAUAUUGAAUUAAAUGAAGCAUAUCCAUUAGAAAUGAAAGGUCUUCAUGAUAUUUAUUUACCUGAAUUACAUACAGGAAGACCAAUUAAUAUUGAUUAUGUUGAUGAUAGAAUUGGUAAGUUGAAUUUUUUUCUUUUUUUUUUAACUUAA